AUGGGAAACCAGCACUCUCGUCUCGAUCAUCGUAGUGCCAGUACUGUUGGGCAUUUUGACACCAUUUCAAAGACAAUCACUCCCUGGCAAGACACAGAUGCCAAGCAAGAUCCCUAUAAACGACAUUAUCUACUUCCUACCAUAUCAGCAACCUCAUCGGAUGGUCGAAUUAAAAUUCGAAAGCAAUCAUCGCCAUCGCCAGUAACAACGACCACAACCACAAAUGCAACUUUGAAUACAAACACAGCAUCGUCAUCAUCAAAUCAUUCCAAGAGAGCUUUUGCCCGUCUACUUCCCUUCCGUGCUUUUUCUCGCGACAAUAUUUCGGCCAGUACCCUGUGCGAGACUCCCAGUCCGUUGUCUGUUGCUCUCCAGGCACCCUCAUCUGUACACCCACUAACCUCUAUCACCAGCCUACCACACGUUCUAACAACAGGUGAUGAUCAAGUCAGCCUCUGCUCUACACACCAACCCAGAAGAGAAAGUUGGUCUAGCUGCAAACACAGUAAAAACAACAACAACAACAACAACAACAACAACAGAAAGUCCCAAUUCAAUACAUUUGAUAGUCCUGAAACAUGUCUUUGGAUAGCAGGCCGUAAAUUUCAUCAAACACUUGGUUCUUCAUAUUUAUUACCAUGCGACGAAGAAGAGAUUGAUCGUCUUCAUCUUCAGCAUUUUAUGGUUCGGUUUGCUAUUCAAGGAAAUUAUCUUGCCCCAGUAAGUGACAUUUUGCGUAAAGGAGCGCGGGUGCUUGAUGUUGGUUGUGGACCUGGCUCUUGGACAAUGGAAAUCGCAGGAGAAUAUCCCAAAUCGACUGUGGUUGGAGUUGACAUAAACAAUAUGUUUCCUCGAGACAUUAAGCCAUCAAACUGCGAAUUCUACAAUUGCAAUAUAUUACAUGGGUUACCAUUCAAUAGCGGGUCCUUUGAUUAUGUAUUUAUGAGAGGGGUUGCUUUGGGUGUAGAGGAAUCAAAAUGGGCUCCGUUGAUUGCCGAGUUGGUACGUGUCCUGAAGCCCGGAGGGUGGAUUGAACUUGUCGAGGCCGAUAGUAAGAUGCACCGUGUGGGACCAAUCACACAAGAAUACAACCAGCAUCUUCUUGAUCUCAUGGCCUCUUGCCAAAUGGAUCCUCGCGCCGGACAGCGGCUGAAAGAGAAGCUAGUCGAUCAUGGGGGUUUAAUGAAUACAACCACAAAAUUUAUCUCUUGUCCAGGUGGUCAAUGGGCUGGAAAGCUUGGCCAAUUGACUCUGCAGUCAUGGAAAGCUUAUUACCAGGCCUUGCGCCCUCAGAUCUGUCUUGCUGGAAAGGCAACCGCCGAGAAUUACGAGAGCCGACUACAAGCCUGCUGGAGAGAAGCCGAUGAAUACAAGACGUUUGAAAAUGUUCAUUUUGCCUAUGCCCAAAAGAAAUAUUCAUCGUCUUCGUCGUCCUCAUCAUCAACUGCCUCAAUUAAUUCCCGUUACUCUGAAAACGACUAA